AUGGAGCAACAGACUAAUUUGUUUAGAUUCAACGCAGCGCUGUUACGAUUACCAAAAUCUGCUAAAUUGAAAUCGUUUGGGGUAUAUAUAGCUGGAGCUUUAUACGCAAUCGGAUUUUGGUCCAUGAUUGAUGCUGCUAUAUACUCAAAGACCGUUAAUGCAUCCAUAGUUCAUAUUACUUUUGUUGAUUGGAUUCCGUUCAUUUGCUCAACUUUGGGUAUGUUGAUUGUUAAUUCAAUUGAAAAAGCUAAUCUCUUUAAUGAUUCAAAUAAUUCGUUUUUAAGUUCGAAUGGAAAUAACACCGCAUGGGUUGCAAGAGUUAUAUUAUUCUGUGGGUUUUCGUUGUUAGCAGGUGGAUUGGCAGGCUCUUUUAUGGUCUUUAUCUUGAAAUUCUUGUUGAAGCAUUACGGAUUUCCAACGUUAGGCAUGGGUGUUUCUAAUAUAAUCUGUAACGGUUGUAUAAUGUUGAGUUGUAUUUCAUUAUGGUUAUCUCAAAACAUUGAAGACGAGUAUAGUUAUAGUUUAGCUUUAUAG